UGUGUGUGUGCAUGCUGUACAUAUGUGAGUGAGUGUAUGUGUGUGUGCAUGCUGUACAUAUGUGAGUGUGUGUGUAUGUGUGUGUGUGUGUGUGUGUGAGAGAGAGUUCCGGUGUUUUGUUGCACUGAUCCGGUUCCUCCCGCGGUGUUGACGCGUGUCAGUCUUAGGGGCGCGGGGAAGGCGGGUGACGUCGCGCGACGUCAGGCUCGGUAGAAGGGGGAGCGGGGCGCGCGGACGGGCGGAAUGGCGACGCGGUGCUGCAGCGCGAGAUGUUCGGCGGAACGGAAAGGGUUCCGGCGCGAGCUCGACUCCUGGCGGCACAAACUCAUUCACUGCGUCGGUAAGAGAACGCAAAAGGUUUGAGAGCAUACUGGAAGGAAUCUAUGGGCAAAGGCUGUUGCAAGAUCUCAGCAUAUUCGUCAGUGUGUGUUUGCUUCUCAGAUUGUGAGCCCGAAGCGACUGCUGAUUGGUCGACAGAUGCGUGCUGCUCCUUCUGUAACUUACAGCUCGAAAAAAUCAGUGACCGCUUGCCUGACUCGCCCCCCCAUGCCGAAACCCCCCCUCAGGGCAUCAACACCUCAGACACACUCCAGUGCCAAGCAGACCAAUUUCUGCAUGCAGUCUUACACAAGAAAGAAUUCCCUGAGAGCUGCGACCCCAUUAUUCCGUUGGCUGCGCAGGAGUUGAUGAGGAAGAUGAUUCGCCAGUUCGCCGUUGAAUAUGCGCAUAAGAUUCAAACAACCGAAAGCCAGAAUGCCGUCACACAAACCGAGCCGGAUGGACCACUGGACCUGACGCUCAGUCGCAGCACACCGAGUGCACAACAAGCAGACGGCGUUCUCGACCUCUCAAAGAAAAACACACCGUCUCUGAACACGCUCGCGCAACAAAGACUAUCAGGCUGUUUGGUGACAAAGGAGGGAGAGAGCAAGACAAAGGAGAGGGAAGAAGGACAUGAGCAGAGAGGUACGGCGCUGGAGGAAGUCAUGAAAUCGCUUUGUGCAAACCACAGAGUCAUACUGUUGCACAUCCUGCAGGAAAUGAUGUCGUUCCCGCCGAAGGAAGAGGGUGGGCCGGUGGCAACGCAAAGAGACGUCGCGACUCUGAGGAGCAAGCAUGGUGGUCACUGCUGUCACGCCGAUAAAUCGAUGUGUGUGUUGAAUAGCUGUGUAUCAAACGGGUAUGUGUGCUCAUGCAGACUCGGGGUUUGUGCAGUACGUUCUGUGUGUCUGUGUAUGAAGAGUUGUAGUGGCUCCUCCUGUCGGAACAUCAGGCUCGGCUGUGCCGGCUGCUGCGCUUGCUCUCGGGCACUGGUGUGCCAGCACACACACAUCUGUGACAUCACACAAGUUGCACAUACAGAUAGCAACACACACUCCGGCUGCCACAGUCCAUCCCCUCCCCCGCUGUCCCCGAAACCGCAGGACACCGAAAGCAGUGGUGAUCCGGACAUGCCCAUGUUGAACACACACACCCUGAAUACACAGCCUCCACCUCUCCUGCCUCACAACACACAUACCGAUCAAACACACAUGCCCGAGAUGCAAGCCAAGCCUGAACACAUUAUAGACUUAAUGGACAAGUUCACCGACACACUGAUGGGGGUGUCGGAGCGAGAAUGGAGUGACAGUGGUGACAGUGUGAAAACCUGUGAUGACACACACCUGACUGAGAUUAUCACCACCGUCUUACACAGCAGUAGUGAGAAAGAUUACAAUCUGAAGGAGCUCUUUGAGCAACACCUCGCCUCUGAGAAACGUUCCCCGCAAACGCGCUCUCAGAGGCGACAAGAAGUGAUGCAGGCCAUCAGCAGGUCACAUGACCAAGCCGCAACACGCAGGCAGAGCCUACAGAUCAAACGUGACCUUGCACGACUUGAACCCGACAUUUCUAGGAAGAAGAAGCGGAAGACACACCUGAUUACCCAUGGCACAUACAACAAGAUACCAGGCUCACCCAUCUCACAUGCUCAAAGCCCGGACAUGCCCAUCUUGCACAUUCAGCAACCAGGCAUGCCAAUCUCACAUGGUCAAAACCCACACACACAGAGCCCAGACACACCCAUCUCACACACUCAAAGCUCGGACACGCCCAUCUCACACACUCAAAGUUCAGAUACACCCAUCUCACACGCUCAAAGCUUGGACACGCCCAUCUCACCUGCUCAGCACCCAGACACGCCGAUCCCACACACUGAGAGCCCAGACACAUCCAUCUCACCUGCUCAAAGCUUGGACACACCCAUCUGUCACACUCAGCACCCAGACACGCCCAUCCCAUAUACUCAAUGCCCAGACACGCCCAUCUCACAAGCUCAGUAUCCAGGCACACCCAUCUCACACACUCAGAUCCCAGACACGCUCAUCUCACAUGCUAAGAUCCCAGACACGCCCAUCUCACAUGCUCAGAGCCCAGACAUGCCCACCUCACACACUCAGAGCCCAGACACACCCAUCUCACACACUCAGAUCCCAGACACGCCCAUCUCACACACUCAGAUCCCAGACAUGCCCAUCUCACACACUCAGAGCCCUGACACACACAUUCAGAGCCCGAACAAACUCACUCCACAAACUCAGAGCCCAGACAUGCCCAUAUUUAUCUCAUGUUCCCAAAGCCUGGACAUGCCUCAAAACCUGGACUCACCCAUCUCACAUUCUCAGAUCACAGACAUGCCCAUAUCAAACUCCCAGAGCAUAGACAUAUCCAUUUCACUCCCUCAAAGCCCAGGCACGCCCAUCUCAAACACUCAUAGCUCAGACACGCCCAUUUCAAAUGUUCAACGCCCAGAUAUACCUAUGUCAUACACUCAGAGUCCAGACACGCCAGUCUUAUGUGAUCAGAAACCAAACACACCCAUCUCACAUGCUCAGAGCCCAGACAUACCUAUAUCACAUGUUCAGACAACAGACACGCCCAUUUUACAAGCUCAGACCAUAGACACACCCAUCUUGCAUACUCAAAGCCCAGACACCACCAUCUCUGAUGCUCAGAGCCCAGGAACACCCAGCUCGCUCGAUUACAGCCCAGACUCCACCAUCUCAUACACUCAGAGCCUAGAGACGGCCAUCUCACACACUCAGAGCCCAGACACACCCAGCUUGCACACUUAUAACUCAGACACUACUAGCUCACACACUCAGAGCCCAGAAAUGCCCAGCUUGCACAAUCAGAGCCCAGAAAUGCCCAGCUUGCACAAUCAGAGCCCAGAAAUGCCCAGUCUGCACAAUCAGAGCCCAGAGAAAUCCGAGGCUUGUGGCACUAUGAGGUCACGGCGGAAUAUCGUCCGUCCUCAACACUUGUCUUCGUAUGUCACUGAGCCACGGAAGAUGUUUUAUGCUGCUUGUCGCUCUGCCAAAAAUAACAGCACUCCCACACAAGGCACUGACAUGACUGAAUCCCCACCCAGUGCUGUGAUAGGACAACUAAAUACUCCACCUGUUUCAGCUAAUGACAGAAAAGCCUGUAAGGCUGAGACAAGUGCAGAGUCUCAUGCCGAACGUCAACUAAGAGUAAAGACACGCCGCUCUGAAGAAGUCGCACGAUCCCCAAGUCCUGUCGUAACGGACUCAACAGUCACAGACCCAGUGGAUGCUGAUGAUAUUAAAUAUGCCAGUCCCAUAAAACUAAUGCUGGUGUCGACUAUUAAAGAUGAAGAUGGUGUUAAAUACACACUAAGAGCUGCACAAACACACAGUGAUGAAGAGUCGUUCGAUCCCUGUGUGGAGGCAUCAUGGGUACGUAACACACUCCAAGAGCAGGCAAGGGAUGAAACUGUUCAGAAAAUGAGCAACGAGUGCAGUGAAAAACUCUAUAGAGAAGAGUUUGCUAACACAGAGGGUCUGAGGGACUGCAUGAACAGCAUUAAUGAGGCUGAACCAACUAUUAAGAGGCGCCCUGGACGGCCCAAAAAGUUAAAAUCUCCAAUGGAGAAAUCAGUGAAGCGUCCAAUCGGACGACCAAGGAAAUGCAAACAAGUGGACAUAAUAAAUGAGGCUCCCAGUGAGGACAAUGAAAAGCCAAGAGCAGAAGAUGCGCCAAACGAAGAAGAUGGUAAUAAAAACCUUAAGAUUACUAUUACUUAUGGGAGGCGGAAAGCAUGGAGGAUGGUAAGUGAGGGACAAAUUCAUACAGAACAAAGCAAAGGCGGUAGAGCUUCAACACAAAGAAGCAAUGCUGACGAACCUGCACAUUUCACACAGGCACAAGUCAGCAUGAAUAAAGAUCAGUUUAGCUUAGUAAUGCCUGUGGAGGACAGGAAAAAUCUCAUGCAUUCAAUCGUGUGUCCAAAGCAGAGUGACAGUGCAGGGACGAGAAGACCAGGACGACCAGCUAAAGUCAAAAUCUCAGGGAUUUCUGUUACUGUUACCACGGUUUCGCCACAGCAACGCAAAAUCCACAUUAAGCGAGAUGUGAGAGAACCAGCAAAACAUCGAAGGGCACUGCUUACUGACCUGGAAUCGAAUAAAGAACAGGAGACAAUCACAGAGGAAGAGCAAGCCUCUGUUAGACACUCAGUCAGAGAAAGAAGACCUUCCGUCCAUCUGCUGCACUGUGACGCUAUAUCACGCCCUAACACACCAACACCCAGAUCACGCAAACUGUUGCUGCAAAAAUCUGAUGACACACAGCAGGACGCACAACAGCAUAAACCUAAAGAUGCUAAUGACACUAUGACCAGGCCAAACACUUCUCCACAGGAUGCUGUCCAUAUCUCAGCAGCAUCAGUUGAGUCCCUCUUUGAUGCAAAUCUGCAAUGGUGGCCAACAUCAGCAUCACCUGAGACCUUAAAGGAAGAGAUGAACAGGCGACUCAGGGUGAUGAAAGAGACAUGGGUUUCAGACACGUCAGAUGUAUUCACUGCUUCAAGUUCAUCUGCAGACACAUCAGAUGUAUUCACUGCUUCAGGUUCAUCUGCAGACACAUCAGAUGUAUUCACUGCUUCAGGUUCGUCUGCAGUGAGGAUGCUGUUUGAGAGAGAUUGCAGUAUGGAAACGCUUUGCUCCUGGUUCAUGCAGACAACUGAGACUCAGUCUCUCGCCAUCAUAAAGAAGGCCAACAACCGAAAUCCGUGUGAGGUUUUCCAGUACAGCUCGGCCAAGGCAAACGAUAGGCCAAAUGUUUGCUCGAGUCCGCAGGCAGAGCGGCUUAGGAAAUGCAUUAAGAAAUUUGCUACAGUUGUCCCUAAAAGUCCAUCAAAGCUCUGGCGAACACAAGCAAAAAUCAGUGGCACACAAAACUGUUUCACCAAGCAACAUGUUUUGAACACAACACUGAACAAUACUGAAAAAUUACAGCAAAAUCGUACGUGGCACCUUUAUAAAACAGCGCUCGAUCGAGCAAGAUCGCGAUUUAAAUCCAGGACCAAGAAUACAGACGUAGACAUUAAAAGCCUUAACGAGCAGGUGGAUAGUGGGAUUCAGCCUACGAGUGUGUCUGAACACUGUGUACUGAACACACUGCAGACGGAGUCUCACAGGACAUCAACUCAGCAAAAGCAGAUCACUGCUAAUGCCUGGAGUGCACACACUCUGAGGGAGUGCAAAGUGUUUCUAAGGAAGCUAAAUUCUUCUAACACACGGUCAAUGUCUGAGGAGUCUAACGACUGCUCGGUGAGGUUCAGCGUAUCGCCGGCUGGAAAUGGUUCAGUACAAAAUCGGGAGCAAGGGGUCAGAAAGAGCAUUAAACAGGAGAAGACGAGUAACUCGGGCACCUCCACACGGCAACAGAGUAAGGUAAAAAGGAAGCGCAGACACUCCUGCACAAAUGUGUCACCCCCAUCACCUAAACAGCAACGUAGCAGCAGAGGAGUGAUGGCAGCCAAGUGGUCCGACUUUAUACUCGGUCCGGCCAGAUAGCAAUGUUGCACCCUGACACACUCCCUCACACGGUGCCUUCGAAAACGAUGACCCAGGGAAACAAGUGUUACGACACACAUACAAAACCUGGGAAGCAUCACGUAGCAACGAAGAAACUUGCACUAUUUUACUGCAUUAUUUCAUUUUCUCUUUACAUGAGAUGCUGUGUUGGAAUUUUUAUUUUAUUUUUAAUGUGUUUGUAUUGUUUCUUUAGGAGCGAGUGCACUUAAUAUGAUCUCUAAACAUAUGGAAACGAGUUCGAGCCAUCUCACUGAUCAUUCUGUUUAUCAUUUAAAACCUGAUAAACUGCACUCUCAGAAAGAAAUCUGCGUUGAGCGAUCUUUCAGAACGAAACGAUAUUUAAUUCUUAUAUUGCACUUACCUUUAAUUUUAUUAUAGAAAAUUAGAUUGUAAGCAUGGUUCUCCAGUUCCAUGUCCUUCAGGCUUUAUUCUUUGACAAAAGCACACCCUCAAAAAAUAAUAAGGGCCCUUAGACCACCUUGUGCUGCUUUCUGAAUAGAAGAAACUUUAUUUUUCCCCCAAACAUGCUGCCUUCUAAGAGUGAAAUGCAGAGGGAGGAUUGUCAAAGAUCCAAAGCAACAACUGUUCCACGGUGUGCGAACGUUGUGCAACGACGUGAAUCUCUGAGCUCAAAAUGAUUCGAAUCUGAUUUUCAGGGAACACGUCAAAUCUUCGGUUGAGUCGUAAUUAGAUUAGAUUCUUUGUCUGAACAUUAAUAAGCUCAGAUUGGAUUGAGGGAGCUUUAACAUAAUUGUGGAAAAAUACAGAAUUGAAGCAGCCGAUGCAUCUUCACCAAUAAAGUUUUAUACUCUCUGUAUUUGAUAUAUUGUACAAAUGAUCAUCAAUACAUGCUCAAAUAUAUAUAGAGUACUGUGCAAAAGUUUUAGGCAGGUGUGAAAUAAUGCUGUAAACAAAGAAUGCUUUCAGAAAUAUAAAUAAUGAGUGUUUAUUUCUGUCAAUUUGCAAAAUGCAAAGUGAGCAAACAAAAGAAAAAUCUAAAUCAAACCAAUAUUUGGUGUUACUACCCUCUGCCUUCAAACCAGAACGACCCCCACAGAGCCCUGAUCUCGACAUCAUCGAGUGUGUCUGGGAUUACAUGAAGAGACAGAAGGAUGUGAGAAAGCCGACAUCCACGGAAGAUCUGUGGUUAGUUCUCCAAGAUGUUUGGAACAACCUACCUGCCGAGUUCCUUCACAAACCGUGUGCAAGUGUACCUAGAAGAAUUGCUGCUGUUUUGAAGGCAAACGGCGGUCAUACCAAAUAUUGAUUUGAUUUAGAUUUCGCUUUUGUUCAUUUAUUAAAAUAAAUGUUUACAACUUCCAUUUUUGAAAGCAUUCUUUGUUUACAGCAUUUUUUCACAUCUGCCUUAAACUUUUGCACAGUACUGUAUACAUCAUUGAGUCAUGUAAGAUUCUGAUGACAAAAUCUACCAGUGAAUUUUUCUGUGUCUCUGUGCGUGUGUGUUAGACUUUCUAAGAUUAAUACAUGCAUUUGGUGCUGCACGGACAAGUAGCUAAACGUUACCUUCUUUAUCUUUUUAUAUACAUACAAACGUACACGUGCGCGCACGGAAAUGGCGCCGCAGUGGCGAGUCUGUCCGUCGGUCUGUCACGGUGCCUCUGAAUUUCAGAUUUCAAGGCAGGCAGCAUAUCCUGUGGGUGGAAGUACAUGCAUCCUCUCGAAACUAAAUUUUAAUUAAUCUCGAGGAUUGCGCAUACAAAAGUUAACGUCCAUACGGAAAAAUGUAAACACUGCUAAUAAAAACUUAAACGUUGUCAUGCGAGUCUCAUUAGCAUAGGUCCAAACUUUUCCAUCCCAUAUUGAAGUUUUUUGUGCGCGUGGCUUCUACCACCUCGGUUUCACUGCUAAAAACGUUUGGAACGUUAAAAAAGUACUUUCCGUUCUCCAUUUUCUCAGCAUUAUAACUAUAUGAUCACACCUACGUUUAAAGUACACCAGGGUUUCACCACUUGAUCUAUCCACUGCCUCUGUAUCGUCUUAUUUCCAGACAGGAAUUUCUCUGUACUGAGAAAACGUCGGUUGUUGAAUUCUGUCAGUAAUCUUUUAAUAUGUUGUUCCUGUUGUUGUAGAUUUACCUUUUUUUAAUCUACCAAUAUUGAGGAUGAAGCAGAUACGAGUAAACGAUGCAAAACCGUUCUUACUGAGUUUCGCCCAAAUUUCAGGAGCAAUACGGUACAAAAGUUCUGCUUGUUUGUGCUUUUGUAUUCUCCGAAGAACACAGAAGAUGAUCAGAAAUCGGUAUUCCGUUUCUCACUCGUAGGUGAAACGACAUGAUCCUGUAAGGCCUUGUCCACACUAAUACGUUUUCGUUUCAAAACGUAUAUUUUUCCUCUAAGCUUUGGCCUUUCGUCCACACCGAGACCGAGGCGUUUUAAGUCAACGAAAACAUAGCUGUUGGAAGACGCUCUCUAAAUCUGAAAACGCCGUCUUCGCGUCUUAGUGUGGACUGUGAAGACGGAGGCUUUUGAAUACUGUGACGCAUUUUUAGUCAUGUGAUGCAGUCGAAAGCAAAUAAA